GCAUUCCGGGAGCGCUGAUGUGCGCUUGCGCGGAAUGGAGUCCGCGCGGGCAGUUUGAAUUUCAGUCCCGGAGUCGGGUCUCGCGAUCCUGGGCUUCCCGCCGCGACUGGAAGGGGUCUCCACGCUUCGCGACCCCAGCCACUGGGCCGUUUGCUCCCGGACCCGCGCAGAGGCUUAAAGGAUGGCCUCCUCAGAUCUGGAACAACUAUGCUCUCAUAUUAAUGAAAAGAUUGGCAAUAUUAAAAAAACUCUGUCAUUAAGAAAUUGUGGUCAAGAACCUACCUUGAAGACUAUAUUAAAUAAAAUAGGAGAUGAGAUCAUUGUAGUAAAUGAACUUCUAAAUAAACUGGAAUCGGAAAUUGAGUAUCAAGAACAAACCAGCAAUUCACUCAAGGAACUCUGUGAAUCUCUUGAAGAAGAUUAUAAAGAUGUGGAACAUCUCAAAGAGAACAUUCCUCCCCAUUUGCCCCCAGUAACAGUAACCCAGAACUUUGUUAGUGGAUCAGAUCUUGACCCUGAAGAACCAGUCAAAGUUGAAGAACCUGCACCCACAAAGAAGCCCCUAAAAGAACAAAGAAAUAUUAAGGAAAUGCCAUUUAUAACUUCUGAUGACUUCAGUGGUGUUCCUGCGUACAUGAAAUCCCGCUUAACCUAUUGUCAAAUUAAUGAUGUUAUUAAAGAAAUCAACAAGGCAGUAGUUAGUAAAUAUAAGAUCCUACAUCAACCAAAAAAGUCUAUGAAUUCUGUGGCCAGAAAUCUGUAUCACCGAUUUAUUGAUGAAGAAACGAAGGAAACCAAAGGGCAUUAUUUUAUAGUGGAAGCUGACAUAAAGGAGUUCACAACCUUGAAAGUUGACAAGAGGUUUCACGUGAUACUGAAUAUUUUACGACACUGCCGGAGGCUGUCAGAGGUCCGAGGGGGAGGACUUACCCGAUAUGUUAUAACGUGAGGCCCCUGUAAGCUUUUGAACCAGCCAACAAUAGAGUUUAUAGACUAUUCCUAUAGUUUCCUAAUAUGUAAUUUGUUUAUAUAUAAUUUCUUUAGCUUUUUCAUUUUCUUCAUUUCUUAUAAAGAUGAAACUCUUAAAAAAUAAAGUAUGUACAUUUUAAAAUUCUCUUCUAGUAAAUAUAUAACCACCUACUAUAUAAGCCUCUGUUCUAGGCGUAUAAUGGAACUAAAAAAUGUUCACAGUUAGUUUUGGUGUUUAGUGACAGUGCUGCCGGUCCCUGUAAGAGGUGCAGAUGUGCUAAUACAAGUUAGAGUUCAAGAAGAUAAGAGCCAGUCUACCCAGGCUCUUUGGAAUUAAAGGUCCUUAGUGUCUAAAUUCCACAAAUGGUAUUUCAGUCUAUAGGCAAAAGUUGGAUUUAGAGGCAGCCCACCCAUGUGAUUAUUUUGCUUUCCCACAUGUGAUUAAUGAAUAGCUUGCCUGAAAUGCAUUCAGUGUAAACCAAUCUGUAAACAUCAACCUGUAAUGAAAUUGUAACAAAAGGAUAUUUGAGAUGAAAAAGAUGAUAAAAUAACAUGUGUAAGCAGAUUGAUAGUGGUCAUGGAAAACAAACGAGUGGUUGGAUUGUAAGAAUUUAACUGUUUCUCUUCCAUACUUGGGGAGACUGUUUGUCUGUGUCAUAGUGUUCUCCAGAGAAACAGAACCAAUAGGGAUACCUACCUAUCUGUCUGUGUAUCUGUCUGUGGAGAUUUAUUUUGAGGAAUUGGCUUACAUGAUUAUGGAGGCUGAGAGGUCCCCAGAUCUGCUGUCUGCAAGCUGGAGGCCCAGGAAAGCCUGUAGUGUGAUUCAGCCUGGGUCCAAAGGCCUGAGAAUCAGGGACCUGGACCAGAGUGGAUGAGAUGAGAUGUUGCAGUGCAGCAGUGAGGCAGGAAAAAGGAGCAGACUGCACCCUCCCUCCUCAGUCUUUUGGUCUGUUCAGGUCUUGGAUGGAGGGGAAGAUGCCCAUCCACACAGGGGAGGGGAGUUAGCUUUACUGAGUCCACUGAUUCCAAUGCUAAUCUCAUCUAGAAACCCUCACAGAUACACCCAGAAGCAGCGUUUAACGGGGCCCCCUGGCCAGUUAAGUCGUCACAUAAAGUUAACCAGCACAGCCUGUGUCCCUUCCACCUGCUUGUAGCUGAGGAAAAAAAUGUCAGGCUAACACUGUCUCGUGAAGGCCACAGAAUACAUUAUAGGCACUGCUUAUUUAUUGUUAUCCUUUCUUUCUCCCUAAAAUUUUUUUCCAUGAAGGUAUUUUUUGUUUGUUGGUUGGUUUGUUUUUAAUUGAAGUAGAGUCAGUUUACAAUGUUGUGUCAGUUUCUGGUGUACAGCUUGUUUCAGUCAUACAUGUACAUACAUACAUUCGUUUUCAUAUUUUUCAUUUAAGGUUACUACAAGAUAUUGAAUAGAGUUCCCUGUGCUGUACAGUAUAAACUUGUUAUCUGUUUCGUAUAUAGUAGUUAAUAUCUGUAAAUCUUGAACUCCCAAUUUAUUCCUUCCCACCCCCUUUCUGCCCCGGUAACCAUGACUUUCUUUUCUAUGUCUGAGUCUGUUUCUGUUCUGUAAAUAAGUUCAUUUUUGUCUUUUGGUUUUUUUUAGAUUCCACAUAUAAGUGAUAUCAUGUGAUGUUUUUCUUUCUCCCUAAUUUAAAUGCAGAUGUUUAUUUCGUAUCUCAGUUUAAAUAAAAAU